AUGGUCGUCUUCGACAACCACGAGUACCUCGCCGAGGAAGAGAAGAGGCUCAAGGAGGACCGUAACCGCGUCAAAUACUGGAAGAAGUGGGGCCCCUAUAUAUCCGAGAGACAAUGGGCGAUAAUAAGAGAGGAUUAUAGCGCUGAUAACUUUCUACACAACUACGCCCGAUCACGCACAUACCGGUGGGGCGAAGAUGGCAUUGCCGGCGUCUGUGAUAUAUGUAGGCUCUAA